AUGGAUUCCGAGUCGAAACUGCCUGACCAUGUCGACCCGCCAUCAUCCAGCGAUAGCGACAGCGACAGUUCCGACCAUGGCGAGGCCCCAAUCAGACAAUCGAUAGAAUGGCUCGCGACCGCGCGAGAGAAACGUUCCACGGCCGGCAAUCGUAUGAAAGCAAUGCUGGCAAACGAGGAGCCUGACUCUGAUCUGGAGCUUCUCUUCGCCGAGGACGAUGAUGACCAAGGCUUCACUGAUGUUGGCGACAACGCCUCUGACGUUCAUAUGGACUCCUCCUCGGAUGAUGAGGACGAGAACGCAGCUGAGGAUGAUAUGGAGGGCGAGAAGGAACUGGAGCGCCAGGCUCGGGAGAAGCGCAACGCUCAACGGAAAAGGAAAGCCCAGGAAGCGAUCCCCGUCAAGUUCAGGAAAAAGGUGCGCAUCGACACGACGACAACACCUUCUCCAGCCCCGUCCUCGGCUUCGGGUCCGGUGCCUCGACCCAAGAAGAAGUCGGAACGCUCAUCAUGGCUUCCCUCGGCUGCCGACAUGCCAACCCGUGCGUCUUCUCGGCAGACCACAAGGCUCUCCAAAGAGCAGCUGCAUGCGCAGAUGGAAGAGCGCGAGGCCCGGCGUCUCAAGCAGUUGGCCCAGAUGCAGAAGAAGGCAGCCAGGAUGGAGGCGUUGAAAAAACCACCCAUGACACAAGAAGAGAGGCUUCGUGAGGCCGAGAUUGUGGAAAAGAGAAACAGCAAAAGUCUCAAUCGCUGGGAGAUUGCUGAAAAGCAGAGGGAGGAGGAGAGGAGGGCGAAGCUGGCUGCACUCAAUGAGAGGACAUUAAAAGGUCCUGUCAUCACAUUCUGGAGCGGCACCAGAGAAUGGCAAGACGGCGGAGCGGCCAGAUAUGUCGUCAUGGAAGAAAAGCCAAAGAAGAAGCCCAGAGAAAAGAAGGAUAAAACGAAGGGAAAGGCUCGCUACCGUGAUCCCAAGACCGGGCUUCCUUUCUAUAACGCGCACGCCUAUGGUGAACUUCGCCGACUCGAGCGUGGCGACUACCGAUGGAGCAAACUGCUCGGCUCCUGGGUCGGCAGUGGCAAGAAUGCCGCUAACGGCGUGCCGGAGCGGUUCUUGAACCCGAAUGCUCCAGGUCCGAAGAAGGAGGAGCCCAAGAAAGAGGAGGGUCAGCCCAAGGAACAAGAAAAGGCCGGUGAAAAGGGAAAUGCUGAUAAAGAGGCCUCCCCGGCGAACAAGACGGAACAGGCAGCGCCAGAGCCACAACCCGAACAGCAACAAGACCCACCCAAUAACCUUAAUCCUCCUGUAGAGACCAAGGCAUAG